AUGCUUAGCGCUUUCAGACAUUUGAAACGUACUCCGAGUAACUGUGCUCACAUUUUGAGGGCUCAGACCAAUGUGCAAUUUAGACAACAUGCUGUUGCUUCGAGAGUUGGAAUUGUUAGCUUCUCUCGCACUUUAGCAACUGACACAUUCGUGUUGUCGAACAAUUCAAAUUAUAUCGAAGAGAUGUAUGAAGCAUGGCGUCAAGACCCUAAGUCCGUUCAUGUAUCUUGGGAUGCCUACUUCAAGAAUUUGGACUCAGGGGUUGCUCCUUCGGCUGCAUUCUCCGCUCCACCAACGUUGAUUCCUACUCCAGCAGGUGGUGCAGGCGUCGGCUUUGACCCAGGUGCGGGGGGCCAUAGUGAAGACGUUGUUACUCACUUGAAAGUGCAGCUUCUUGUUCGUGCUUAUCAAGUACGUGGCCACCAGAAGGCCAAGAUCGAUCCUUUAGGUAUCUCUUUCGGCGAUCAACCUGAUUUACCCAAAGAACUUACUUUAGAGCACUAUGGCUUCACUGAAAGCGAUAUGGAUAAGUCGAUUACGCUUGGACCAGGAAUUUUGCCUCGCUUCGUUGAAAGCGGCAAAAAAACAAUGACAUUACGGGAAAUUAUUGAUGCUUGUGAGCGACUUUAUUGUUCUUCUUAUGGUGUAGAGUACAUUCAUAUACCUUCGAAAGAACAGUGUGACUGGUUGAGGGAACGCAUUGAGAUUCCUCAGCCUUUCAAGUACUCAUCAGACGAAAAAAGGCAAAUCUUAGAUAGAUUGAUCUGGUCUUGUUCGUUUGAGUCAUUUUUGGCUACUAAAUUUCCUAAUGAUAAGAGAUUUGGACUCGAAGGAGCAGAGGCAGUCGUCCCUGGUAUGAAAGCGAUGAUUGAUACUUCUGUAGAGCAUGGCAUAGAGGAUAUAGUUAUUGGAAUGCCACACAGGGGACGGUUAAACAUGUUGUCCAAUGUCGUUAGGAAGCCAAAUGAGUCGAUCUUUUUCGAGUUUACAGGUUCCAAAGAGUUAGACGAGGGCUCUGGGGACGUCAAGUAUCACUUGGGAAUGAAUUACAAGCGUCCAACGACUUCUGGAAAACAUGUCAACUUAUCUCUUGUCGCCAAUCCUUCUCACUUGGAAGCUGAGGACGGGGUCGUUUUAGGAAAGACAAGAGCCAUACAAGAGUACAAAUCUGAUGCGGGGGAAUUCAAAAAGGCGAUGGGCGUUUUGUUGCACGGUGACGCUGCCUUUUCUGGUCAAGGUGUUGUUUAUGAGACAAUGGGCUUUGCCAAUUUACCAGCUUACUCCACUGGCGGAACUGUCCAUAUAAUCAUCAACAAUCAGAUUGGUUUCACCACAGACCCCCGCUUUGCCAGAUCCACUUUAUAUCCAUCGGAUAUUGCCAAGUCCAUCAAUGCUCCCAUCUUCCAUGUGAAUGCUGAUGAUAUCGAAGCUCUUACUUUUGUGUUCAACUUAGCUGCUGAUUGGAGAGCAACGUUUCAUUCUGAUGUUAUCAUCGAUGUUGUUGGCUAUAGAAAGCAUGGUCACAAUGAAACCGAUCAGCCAUCCUUCACCCAACCUUUGAUGUACAAGAAGAUCGCCGAGAAAAGAUCUGUUCUCGAUUAUUAUGUCGAUAAGUUGAUUUCAGAGGGCACUUUCACAAAGGAGGAUAUCGAUGAGCACAAAAAGUGGGUUUGGAAUCUUUUAGAGGAGUCUUUUGGCAAGUCAAAGGAAUACAAACCGACUUCACGUGAGUGGUUGACCACACCUUGGGAAGAUUUUAAGUCUCCGAAGGAGUUAGCGACUGAGGUAUUGCCUCACCUUCCGACUGCUGUUGAUGCAGAGACUUUGAAGAACAUUGGCAGACACAUCUCCGAAACUCCCAAAGGUUUUGAAGUUCACAGAAAUUUGAAGCGUAUUUUGAACACCAGAAAGAAGACCGUGGAAACAGGGGAAGGGAUCGAUUGGGCUACAGGAGAGGCUUUGGCUUUCGGCUCUCUUUGUUUGGAGGGUUACCAUGUGAGAGUUUCUGGUCAGGACGUCGAAAGAGGAACGUUCUCCCAACGUCAUGCAGUUUUACACGAUCAGGAAUCAGAAAAGGUUUACACUCCUCUCAACACCUUGUCUGAAGACCAAGGACCAUUUGUCAUAUCAAAUUCUUCGUUAUCCGAGUACGGUGUAAUGAGUUUCGAGUAUGGUUACUCGCUUUUCUCUCCGGAUGCGUUGGUUCAAUGGGAAGCUCAGUUUGGUGAUUUCGCAAACACUGCUCAAGUAGUCGUCGAUCAAUUCAUUUCGGGCGCUGAAUCAAAAUGGAAGCAGAGAUCUGGUUUAGUUUUGUCUUUGCCACACGGAUACGACGGUCAAGGCCCGGAACAUUCUUCUGGUAGAAUCGAGAGGUAUUUGCAGAUGUGUAACGAGGAUCCUCGUUAUUUCCCUUCGGAGCAAAAGCUUGAGAGACUGCAUCAAGACUGCAACAUGCAAGUCGCCUACCCAACAACACCAGCUAACUUAUUUCACUUGUUGAGGCGUCAAAUGCAUAGGCAGUUUAGAAAGCCAUUAUGUUUAUUCUUUUCAAAGCAGUUGUUGAGGCAUCCAUUGGCGAAAUCAGAAUUGAAGGAGUUUACAGGUGAGUCUCAUUUUGAAUGGAUCAUCGAAGAUCGUGAAUUGGGUAAGAGUAUUCAUGAAAGAGAUGGAAUUAGUCGAGUUGUUCUCUGUUCUGGUCAAGUCUACACCGCUUUGCACAAAAAGCGUGCCUCACUUGAUAAUAAGAACACUGCGAUAAUCAAACUUGAGCAGUUGCAUCCCUUCCCAUUCGCUCAAUUACGUGACACAUUGAACAAAUACCCUAAUCUUGAAGACUUGGUCUACUGUCAAGAAGAACCCUUGAAUAUGGGCGCGUACUCUUACGUUGCUCCUCGCAUGGUGACGACUUUAAAGCAAACUGAUAAGUAUGCAAACUUAGUUUUGAGAUACGCCGGGAGGGAUCCUUCGGCAUCCGUUGCAGCGGGCUCUAAGGCCAUGCAUAAUGCUGAAGAAGAGGCAUUUUUGAAAGAAGUUUUCCAAGAGGCUUAA